GCUAAAAAGUUUGGGCUCAAGGUACAGAUGGCUGGUUGUUCACGAACCCUAAUAUUAUUGGCAAUACUUGUAACUGCGUCUGCAUUCAAGGGCUUUGUCAAUGCAGACAUUGAUUUUUCUUCACUUCACGUAAUAUCGGAGGUUCGCCUGCCGAAUGAUGUUUUGCCUCUCAACUAUGAAGUCCUCAUUGAACCCCAUAUAGAUAACCAGAGCUUUGAGGGUUCAGUAAAAAUUCACUUAAGGUGGAUUGAAGACGCAAAAAAGGUGAAUUUCCAUGCACAUGACAGUUUAUUGAUCGACGACAGACAAAUCAAAUUAAAUAGAAUAAAUAUGGAAGAUGGCACUUUGGGCGAAAAUAUUAUAAUUUUAAGGGGCAUCCGACUGCCUCGUAAGCCUGUAUUUGUUUUAUACCUAAAAGACAAAAUCAAAAAGGAAUCUGAAUGUCUUUUAGAAAUUUAUUUUAAAGGAAAUAUUUCAGAAAAUGAGGAAGGCCUCUUUAGAAGCUAUUACACCAAUUCUGUCAACGACGGCAGAGAUACAUAUUUAGCUACAAACCUAAAACCAAACAAUGCACGUCGAUUAUUUCCAUGCUUUGAUGAACCUGGAAUAAAGGUCCCAUUUAAUGUGUCAAUUGCGAGACCUAAAGGAUAUAUUGCACUCUUUAAUACGCCUCUGCAUACUUCAAUAAAUUACCCAAAAUUAAGUGGUUACAGCUUGGAUUUUUUUUAUACCACGCCGCCAAUGUCCACGCAUGCUUUCGGCUUCGUAAUAUCAAAACUUAAAAUGUGGAACGAACGUAAAAUUUUAAAGUCUUCAGAUAUUCCUGCCAUAAAUAUUUGGAGCAAUAACCUCUCAUCAACCAUUUUAUUGGAUAUCCAUAACAAACUUAAUGUAGCACAUACCACAAUACAAAAUUUUUUGAAUAUCCCGCUCCCUAUAACAAAGCUUGAUGUCAUCGCGAUACCUAAUCUUUCAACAGUUCCUUAUAUCAGCGCAAGUGGUAUUCUGAUAGUUAGAGAGUCUGAAAUUGUAAAGAAAGAUGUAUUUGACAUUUCGCGGGAAUUAAUUUAUCAAUGGAUUGGUAUAUGGAUAACACCUGAAUGGUGGACUGAUGCUAAUGUAAAUAAAGCUCUAAUCAGUUUUAUUGCGUCAGAAAUCGUUUUUGAAAUAAAUGGCGGAAUAGAGUUUAAUGGUAAAUAUCCAAUGACAAUUCUUUACUCAUUGUACUAUGAGUUUAGCAAGAGGUAUCCCCACUUGCACAUAGCAGGAAUAAAACAUGAGUUUGCGUCAUUUAAAGUUCAGCUUAUAAUUCGAAUGAUUAGUCUAACCGUAGGAAAAUACACGUUUAGACUCGGAAUACAACGCUUUAUUAGUGACUACAAAUUUAAAACGUAUAAAAGCUCUGACUUCUGGAAUGCAAUCACGAUACAAGCUAAAUCAGAUGAUUCACUAGAUAGUAAUCUUAGUUUAAUAAGCAUUGCUGAGUCUUGGUUAAAGCAUGGCCGCCUACCUCUUGUCACAAUUAUAAGAGAUUACAAUUCAGAAACUGCAAUUGUUCAACAAAAGGUAUAUCUUAGAGAAAGGCCACACGAUAUACCCGACCAGGACAAGAUGCUUUGGUGGAUCCCCAUUACGUUAACGCGGGAAGACAGUCUAAAUUUUGUGAAUACUACGUCAUGUAUAUGGAUGAAUAAGACAAGGCAAAUGGAUAUUUCAAACCUGCCAAGCAAAAAAAUGUUUAUAAUUGUUAAUCAAGAGGAAAUCGGACCGUUUCCCGUUAACUAUGACGUCAACAAUUGGAACAUGCUGGCAAAAUAUUUACGGACGGAAGAUAAAAGAGAAUCAAUUCCAGUAUUUACAAGGGCAAAACUACUUCAUGAUGCCUGGAACUUAGCUUAUGCUGGUGAACUAAAUUUUGCCACUGCUCUUAAUGUAACAUUAUUUUUGAAGUAUGAACGUAAUCCUAUUGUUUGGAAUCCAGUAUUCACAUUUCUUGACCAAGUUGGCAAACGUCUCGAAAAAUCGUCAAUUAGCAGAAAGUUUGAGCUCUACAUUAUAGAACUUUUAGUACCAUUAUAUGACUAUUUGGAAACGGCAAAUUUUAACGAAGACAUAAAUAUAACUGAACUCCGAAAAUUGACUACAGCGUUUUUAUGUAAAGCUGGAUAUUUUCCGUGUGUUAAGGCAGCAAGAAGGGCUUUUAAUCUGUGGGUCAACAGUUCAUAUCCGGUCCCCAAUGAGUUCAUAUGUCCAAUGUUUAAGUGGGGCUCUAUGAAGGAAUGGAUGUUUGGACUCGAUCGUAUGCGCGAGUUUCCUCAGUUCCGUCUUCAGAGUGAUCGCACCUAUUUAUUAAAAAUGCUAGCUGGAUGUCCAGCGCAACGAGAAAAAAUUAUUUUUCUACUUGAAUUGGCAAUGCUGAAAAAUAUUUCCAUUUUUUCCGAUAACGACAAAAUGUUAAUUAUCAGUAUGUUAACGUCUCGAUCCAUAGGAUAUACGACUCUGUUCGAUUUUCUGUCAAAUAAUUGGGAUUGUAUUCAUCAGAAGUUUUAUAAUAACACAAAUAUUUGGAGUAAGCUUAUAUCAUCUGCAACGGGAAUGUUUUCUACUCAAGAUGGUUACGAUAUGGUUAAAAAUUUUUACGAUAAGCAUUAUGGACAUUUUGGCAGUGCGCAACACCUUAUAGAGAAAUCACUUCGAAAUAUCAAAGAAGAAAUUUAUUGGAGUAAACAAAAUAUACGCGUAAUAGAGGAUUGGAUUGACCAAUAUUUGUCCCACGCCCCAAAACAUACAUAUGUAACUAAUAAGAUAUGAUAUAAGUUGUUAUACAUAUUU